CAACUACGAUAGCAUUAUUUAUAAAGUUGACCACUUUGUGUUCCUGGUUUGAAAAAGAAUAAUAAAAAUCCAAUCUUUUUGCAUCAAGAAUUUUUUUUACACAAAAAAACAAAGAAAUGCCUUAUUUUGAUCUCAAAGAAUUUCAAGAAAAAAUUUGUACCCAAUUUAGACCUUGGCAAAGAUCUUUACAGUUCUGGACUAGAGCUGCUGAUAUCUACACUGGUUAUAAGGUGUUUCAAGUCAGGGUCAGUUUUGAGAAAGAUGUGGAGAAGGCAGAGGCAAUGUGGGAAAGACAGCAUGAGCAUGCUGCUGAUAAAGUUUAUUCCAUGUGUUAUGAUAUGGGUGGAUUCUUUCUCAAGGUAGCUCAAGUUGUUGGGAAGCCUGACUUAGCCCCGGCUGCGUGGGUAAGAAAGUUAGUAACCUUGUGUGAUCAAGCUCCAGGAACCCCAUCUAAUGUAGUGCGUCUCGUUCUUGAAAAUGAGUUGGGUAAAAGCGUUGAUGAGAUGUUUGAAAGAUUUGAUUGGGAUCCUAUCGGUUCUGCUUCAAUCGCUCAGGUUCACCGAGCUAGGCUGAAAGGUCAUAAAAGCGACAUUGUUGUUAAGGUACAACAUCCCGGUGUUCAAGAGUUAAUGAUGACAGAUCUUCGCAAUUUACAAGCUUUUGCUUUAUGUGUACAAAAGACAGAUCUUAAGUUUGAUUUCUUCUCUGUCUGCAAAGAAAUGGAAAAACAGAUAGGGUAUGAAUUCGAUUUUACAAGAGAAGCAAAUUCUAUGGAUAGAAUUAGAAGUUUUUUGAGGGAAACUAACCGAAAAAGCAUCGUUAAAGUGCCAAGGGUGAUCAAGGAUGUGGUCACUAGGAGGGUGUUGGCGAUGGAAUAUGUAGAUGGAAUCCCAAUCCUGAACCUUAAAGAUGAAAUUAUGAAAAGAGGAAUAGACCCGGAUGGUAAGAUUGCAGCAGCAGCCAAGCAGAAUAUCCUUAGAAGCUUGAGUCUUGCUUAUGGACAAAUGAUACUCAACAGUGGUUUUUUUCAUGCAGACCCCCAUCCUGGAAAUAUUCUCAUUUGUAAAGGCUCAGAGGUUGCAUUGCUUGACUAUGGACAAGUCAAAGAACUUCCUAACUCCCUAAGGCUCGGUUAUGCUAAUUUGGUUCUUGCUAUUGCCGAUAAUGAUCAUAUGAGGGCAUCAGAGGGCCUUAGGGAGCUUGGCAUAGAUACCUUGAGCCUAUGUGAAGAUGAACGAGCAGAACUGUUUAAGCUAGCCCAGGUUAUGUUUGACACAAAACUGCCACCGGGAGUCACUAUGUUGCAGCCUUUUGCGGAUGAUUCUUCUUUGAAGAAGAUUGCUGUUCAGGCAUUCCCAGAGGAGUUGUUUUCUGUUCUACGCACGGUGCACCUGUUGAGAGGGCUUAGCGUCGGUCUUGGACUCAACUACUCCUGUGUUGAAGAGUGGCGACCCAUUGCCGAGGAAGCUUUGUAUCAUUCUGGCAGACUAAAAGAAGAGGAACUGAAGUCUAGAAACUGUCAUAGACGCAGGAUUUUAAGGAAAAUGUUAUGGUGGAGCAAGUAGCUUUAAACAACAUCUAAAAUUAUAGCUUGAUUUACUUCAAGAGACAUAGCAACAACGGUAGUUACAAAUGAUAUAUCUGCUGCUAAGUGUAAUAGAUCAUAGAUUAACCAUCUGUUAAGAUCAGUUAAUCUUCUUUUGCUCAAUUUUUUAAGGGAAAACAACCACAGCACAUGUGCUGGAUUUUGUAGCAAUAAUGUAUAUUAACUUGUAAUUCGUGCAUUGAAAGUUGUUUAUAACUUCUGUUACAUUAUUCAUUGAAUAUAUAAAGUUAAUAAUUAGAUA